CGUCCCUCUUCUUCUUCCUCCUCCCACCCACCCUGGACUUCGACUGUCUUCUGCUGCAGUAAGAUCUCCCAACCAUCUCUGCCAAGCUGUCGGACAUGUCAGGACCCGUGCCGAGCCGGGCCCGAGUGUACACAGAGGUCAACACUCACCGGCCCAGGGAGUACUGGGACUACGAGUCCCACGUGGUUGAGUGGGGAAAUCAAGAUGAUUUUCAAUUGGUGCGUAAACUGGGGCGUGGCAAGUACAGCGAAGUCUUUGAGGCAAUAAAUAUUACCAAUAAUGAGAAGGUGGUGGUGAAGAUACUCAAGCCUGUGAAGAAAAAGAAAAUUAAGCGUGAGAUCAAGAUUUUGGAGAACUUACGCGGAGGCCCUAACGUAAUCUCCCUCAUCGAUAUAGUGAAAGACCCUGUGUCCCGGACACCUGCCUUGGUCUUCGAGCAUGUUAACAACACAGACUUCAAGCAACUGUACCAGACCCUGACAGACUACGACAUCCGGUUCUACAUGUACGAGAUCCUCAAGGCCCUGGACUACUGCCACAGCAUGGGGAUCAUGCAUAGAGAUGUGAAGCCACAUAACGUAAUGAUUGAUCAUGAACACCGCAAGUUGCGUCUAAUUGACUGGGGUCUGGCCGAGUUCUACCACCCAGGACAGGAGUACAACGUCAGAGUCGCCUCCCGCUACUUCAAAGGACCCGAGCUCCUGACCUGUUCCAUGUGUUGGCAGAUGUACGACUACAGUCUGGACAUGUGGGGCUUAGGCUGUAUGUUGGCCAGCAUGAUCUUCAGGAAGGAGCCCUUCUUUCAUGGCCAUGACAACUAUGACCAGUUGGUGAGAAUAGCCAAGGUUCUGGGAACUGAAGACCUCUACGACUACAUUGACAAGUACAAUAUUGAGCUGGAACCUCGCUUCAAUGACAUUCUGGGGAGGCAUUCUCGUAAGCGGUGGGAGCGGUUUGUCCACAGCGAGAACCAGCACCUGGUCAGCCCCGAGGCGUUGGAUUUCCUGGACAAGCUGCUGCGCUAUGACCACCAGGCGCGGCUCACCGCCCGUGAGGCCAUGGAUCACCCUUACUUCUUCCCCAUCGUGAAAGAUCAGUCUCGCGUGGCCGGAGCCAACCUGCCCGGUGGGAACACAGCUGUCGGCUCAGCCGGCAUGAUCACUGGUAUCACUGCCUUGCCAGUCUCCGCUGCCCUGGGCCCUCUCACUGGCGCUCCGGUCCUUUCUGCUGCCACCAACGUCCUGAGCACCCCGGUGCCUGCCGCCCCACAGUGACGCCCCACCCAAAUCCAAAUCCCCCUGCACCCCUUCCCCUCUCCCCCUCUGGGCAGGUGCUAGAAGACAGGGUGCCACUCUGCCAGCCCUCACUUCAUCCAACUUAACUUCGGCGUGACCUCGCCCCCACCAACAUCCCGGGCCGAAGGACGCCGCCGUCUUAAGAAAAGAACGAUUAUCCCUCCGUUCCUUUUCCUCCUCGAAUGAACUUGUUAACCUGACAUCUGAAAUGAAUGUUCUGUGUAAUUUGAGAUAUACAGGUUUUCCUUUCAUUGUUCUCCACUAGCCGUGUGUGUGCGUGUGCGUGUGUCUCAUCACGGUGGGUUUUAUUUUCAUUUGGAUUGCGAAGGCAGUGGUCAAAGUAAAUCAGCAGAAGGCGAGAGAAAGAUGUUGGCUCUGAUGACGAAAAGGAGCUCUCCUGUAUAGUUUACUCCUGCAGCAUCGUCAAAAACCAGACCCGAUGACACUUAAUCAGCCUCCUCACACGAGUCUGAACCCUCCAGAUCACAGCCUUUUGGAAGUGUUUGGUGCUGUUCAGUGCUCCAGGUGUAUGUGAACAUGAUGACACUUUAACACUUUCUCUGCCCAAAUAGUUCUGUCUUGCCUUUUUCUUACCAAACCAUAUCACCAGUCUUCUUUUUGAUAUGCGACGCUCCGUCAUGAGUUUUGUUUGGUGUCGAAAUGUCCCGGACUGCUGGAUACAGGUUCAUCACCACAGAGUGGUUUCGAUCAACUCAAGUGUUGUACUCAGAUCUCUUUAAGGAGCCAGGUAAGGUUCAUUCAGGUUCUCAAAGAAAAUGGUUUCUCAAACGUGCUGCUCUCCAGUUCCUUGAAUGACUUCAAGUGGCUUUUCUUGAAUGACUUCAAGACAUAACCAAAGUUUACUCAGUCGGUUGGAAGACGAGACUGACCAAACCUAGUUUUGUUUAGUGGGAGUUACUCGUACUGUAAUGCAGGUUGACAAGGUGGGUUCUAGUAUAUACGAUGAAACGUGAUAGAAGAAUCAUGUGCAGGGGACUGAAUUGCUGUCGGGGUUGUUGGAAAGUUCUGUUCUGUAAUAUGUAGAGACAUGGGUGAGCUUUGUGAUGAGUAAGACACUGGACUGGCUUUCACCGACACAUUAAUGGUGUUACUGGAGGUCACUUGUGGAAUAGCACUUAAAGGUUAUGAAGGGUCGAGUUCUCCGCCGUGUUUUAGUGCCAGAGUUUGAAAGUGUAAGUUUUAGACCCUGCUCUGUACAUAUGCAUCUUUUUUUUUUUCUUCUUUUUUUCUUAAUUUCUUUUCCAGACCUGCAAAAUGCAAAUAAAUCCAAACAUGUAUACAUUGACCCUAGAGCAGAGCAGUUUGAGUCCCUACAUCACUGUAUAUAUUUUUAUGUCCUUAUGUAGAAGACUAGUAUUUGAGAAAUAUUUGUGUAAAUAAACGUGUUUUAUUUAUCAGGAA